AAGGUCAUGUGGUGAAUAUGGAACAGUAAAACUUCUCCCAUAAAUUCAUGUGUUGGGUGUGCAUCUGCAGUCCGAGCCAAACUAUUCACAACAAUCUCGAGUGGGAGUAUCGGAGCUAUUUUUUUUUUUUUUUUUUUUUUUUUUUUUACAAUAUCCUAUGUCACGCUAAAGAUAAAACUGUUUUUCUCUCCGGAAAACUAAACAUAGAAAGAGGAAGUUCGUAGGGACACUGGCGUACAGUGAAACUGGCUCCUUAGCAAUGCGGUGCUUUUUAACGUGGGCGAGAGCACGCUGAUAUAUGGAGAUGUUGUAUGCGAGCCGGCGGCGGAUCCGCGAAUGGGACAUAGGCUGCAUGGAGGAGGAAGACUGCUGCUGCUGCGGAGUAGGAGUAGGAGUAGGAGAAGGAGUGUCGGGAUUACAUCGGCAAAACACUUUAUUCCAUCUUCUCCGCCAGCAAGAGACACGACUACGGAGAAUGGCCCAGUUUUUAACCGUGGCACUCCUACUGCUGGUUGCACUCGUUGUGGCUUUGCUAGUCACGGUUGUGCUGGGAGGGCGAUGUCAUCAUCAGUCAGCGGACAGCCAUGGCCAGCUGACGAAGCCACACGAGAGCCAAGCAGUGUUCAGUGACGGACAGCAGCAACAGAAAGACGUGGAGAAUCCAAGUGCCAUGCUGACAGCUCCUAAUGGCAACAACCUUGAUGGGAAAUAUCUUAAAUGGGAGAGUAACAUUGGAAAUGCCUUUUGUCAUGGAGGUUUCAACUACUCUGAUGGGAACCUUGUAGUGCCCAGGAAGGGCCUCUACAGUGUCUUCCUGCAGAUCACCUAUGAGAGCGAGAUCCAGUGUCCAAGUGAUGAGACUGAGCUGAGACUCACCAACAAGGUGUUCUAUAUCUCGGAUGAUUACAAUGAGGAUGUUACUCUCCUGUCAUCAGUCGAUACAGUGAGUUGCGAAAUGGGACAGUGGAGUAAAUCCACCUAUACGAGCGGCUUGUUCUACCUGGUGGCUAACAGCAGACUACGCGUGAAUUCAACAUACCGUUAUCUUAUUAGUAAAAAUGAAUGGCAGGUGUUCUUCGGUGCUGUGCUGCUGCCUUAGUAACCUGGCUAGGCUAUUUCCGUGGAAUUCACUAAUGCUUGAAAUGUUUGAGUUUGCUACAAUGUAUCAUCUCCGGUCUCUCUUUCUUCAUCUGUUCUCAAAUGUACUGUGAGCGACGGAGAGCGAGCUGUACCCUGCUGUUCGGCGAGGUAACAGUUAAUAGGGGUCCACGCUCAUUACACUAAACAGUUUGUAUGCACUACCAAGCCCUAUGUCCCGUAGAUCUUCUGCUCAUAUUAUGCUCAUUUUCAGGUUCAUAAUUGUAUUUAGAGGUUAUAUCAGAAUAGGUUUACAUUGUUUAAUU